UCUCUCUCUGUCAUAUGUUUAAACCCUUUUUUUUUAUACUUUUUUUGGUCUUCUUAGUUUAAUUGAUGAACUUCCUGCAAGUUUACAUUUGGAAGCUGGAUUCUUGACUCUGUGUGAGUGUGAGAGUAACUUUUUUUGUUAUUUUUAAGAUGGGCAAAGUUGUUUUGCUUUGUUGCUGUUCUUGUUGUAGUACAAAAAUGGAUCUGUUGAACCGCCAAAGAUGCCCUAUACAGAACUCUCUCGGCAAAUAAACCCAACACACAAACUCUCAACUUGCAGAAGCAGACAACCCACUAUUAUACUGCUUUACAACCCACAGUUUUUUUCUUUUUUUAAAGAAGAAACGACCGAAAAGAGAAAAAGGAGGAGAAAAAAAAGGAGGAAGACUCAAUUUUUAAGCUUUAGCCUCGCCCUCCAUCGUUUUCUUUUAUAGUCACUGUUCCAGUUUAUGUAUUGGGUUCCAAUUCUUGAAGCUUUUCUUCCUUCGCUUGUUCAAGCCGGGAUUUUUUCUUUUUCUCUUGGGGGCUUCUUUCUGCUCUUGGGUUGGGGGACAUGUCAACGGGUGAAAAAGAGGGGGUGUAAUUCGUUCAUUCAUCAUCGAUUCUUUCAUUCAUUAGUUCAUUCAUUGAUGUUGUUGUGUUGCUGUGAGUGAGUGAAAGAGCGAUGAUAAAAACCCCUGAAAGUGUUGUCGGCGCGAGGUCACUUUCUGUCGGCAUUGUCUGUAUCCAACGAUGAUACACAGACUUGUUUAUUCAAAAGUACACCGGAGAGAGAGAGAGAGAUAUGCUUUCUUCUUCUUUUUCUUGAUAGUGGGUGUUCGAAAUUCAAUUAGUUAAACAAGCCCACCUAGGAUUCUUGAUUAAGUACCCGCUUCGCAACUUCAAGACAUUUGAUCAUGUUUGAGUGCUGCUGGGUAAUUUUGAGCUGUGAGACCCAAUUGUUUUUGAGUUGACUGGAUUUCUUCAUCGUGAUUUCGUACUGAGGUUUUAGAGAGAGAGAGAGAGAGAGAGAGAGAACGUGAUCUCAACCAGGGUCAAUGCUGGAAUGAGGGUGAGAUUUGAGUUGAUUGUGGUGGAUGAUUCAAUCUGUCAGUGAACCAAUGAGGCUGAUUUGGCUGGUCACUUGUCUGCAUUGCUCUUGGAACACAGUGUCCUUGUCUCUGCAGGUUGGAUGUGCUUGUCCUUGCGAGCGAAUAAUCCUAUAUUGUGUAGCUGAAGUGGUUCCCGUACUAAAUGUCAAGGCCUCUUGCAGCAAUAUUAGGAGGUGCUGCAGGAGCCGUGACAUUGGUGGGGAUAGUUAUAUUGAUCAUAUGGUUCUGCCUAUGUCACAGAAGGAGCGUGUCGGGAAAUUCAGAAAGCGGUUCCUCUGAACCGACUGUCCGAUCGGGAAGACAUGUGGGGCUUGAGAUGUCCUUGAGGGAAGCCAGGCGCUUUGAGAUGGAAGAAUUGUCUAUGGCCACAAAGAAUUUCGAUGACAAGAAUCUGAUCGGGGUAGGAAAAUUCGGAGAGGUUUACAAGGGAUUACUUCAUAACGGGAUGCUUGUAGCCAUCAAAAAGCGCUCUGCAAGCCCUACUCAGGAAUUUGUCGACGAGGUUCGCUUCCUCUCGUGUAUUCAACAUCGGCAUCUGGUAUCUCUGUUGGGCUACUGCCAGGACCACCAUACACAGCUUCUUGUGUAUGAGUACAUACCAAAUGGGAGUGUUUCCACUCACUUGUAUGGUGCUGCUCAGCUUUCACGUGAGAAGCUAGAAUUCAAGCAUAGACUUUCAAUAGCUCUAGGGGCAGCUAAAGGGUUGUUCCAUCUUCAUUCUUUAACACCUCGAUUAGUACACAAGGAUUUCAAGACUGCCAACGUGCUGGUAGAUGAGAACUUCAUUCCAAAGGUUGCCGAUGCUGGACUACGCAACUUCCUUGGAAGGGCCGAUACUGCAGGGCCAUCCUCCGAGGUGACAGCAGAUGAUAUAUUUCUUGCCCCAGAGGUGAAAGAGUUCAGAAGAUUUUCUGAGAAGUGUGAUGUAUACAGUUUUGGCGUAUUUCUUUUGGAAUUAGUGAGCGGACGAGAAGCCACAGAGACACCAUCUCCAGAGUCUAGUCAGAGCUUGGUUGAAUGGUCGCAAAACAAUCAAGAUUAUAGCAUGUUCUCCGACAUCAUCGACCCAAAACUGGCAAGCAGCUUCACCAUUGAAGGGAUGGAAGAGUUCAUACGGCUAAUAGUCCGAUGUGUGGACGUUUCAAGUGAACGGCGACCAGUAAUGAACUAUGUGAUGGUGGAGCUGGACAGGAUACUUGAGAAGGAAAGGAGCUUGACAACAGUGAUGGUGGAAGGGAUGCCCAACGUGACACUGGGAAGUCAGCUAUUCAGAACAAAAUAAAAGGGAAAAUGAAAAGAAACCGAAAAUCAAUUACCUUCAUAUUUGAGUGUGAAUUUUGUGCAGUACUUUUGUUCUUUUACUUCAUUUUUACAUAUAUUCCUUUUCUCCAAAAAGCCGUAAAGAACAAGUGAUCAGCUGGCUGUUAAGUGUAUAAAGAACAGCUGCAUUAAUCUCUUGAUUCUUUUUUUCCCUUAUGUGGAAGCAUGAAAGGAAAAAGACAAAAAAAAAAACGAAAACCUGUCCUUGUAUUCAAUCUGUUUGUGGAUAUAAUUAUAUCAAAGCAAAGUUAUUAUUCUUAACUGAUUUGAUUGUAUCAACA